GUGUUCUUCCGGUGGCGGCUCGGCGGCUUACCCUGUGCGGGGCGAAAUGGAGCUCGAGGCCAUGAGCAGAUACACCAGCCCAGUGAACCCAGCUGUCUUCCCCCAUCUGACCGUAGUGCUUUUGGCCAUUGGUAUGUUCUUCACUGCCUGGUUCUUCGUUUAUGAGGUCACCUCCACCAAGUACACUCGGGAUAUCUACAAAGAGCUCCUUAUCUCCUUGGUGGCCUCACUCUUCAUGGGCUUUGGAGUCCUCUUCUUGCUGCUCUGGGUUGGCAUCUAUGUGUGAGCUCCCAAGGGUACCAACCAGACAGUGUCAUUGAAUCCCUGCUUUUGUAAAUUAAUUUUUUUACUCUUGCUGGAAGUGUCCCACCUGCUGCUCACAAUAAAGGCAAGUGUGUGACUGCCCUG